GAUACGUUACAGAGUGUAUAUGGCUAUUGUUUAUAUAUAAAAUUUACGUAUUCGUCUACGUUUAGACUGUUGUCAUCAUAAAUGUACGACGGGAACGUACUCCGCCUACAAUUCGAAAUCGGAUUGGGUUGAUAGUGUUUUGCAGUCCAAAGAAAAAAUAUAAACUGUGAGGUUAACGAUGAUGUGUUUAAAUUUUCGUAUAAUCUGUGAUAAAUAAGUGACUCGUGAUAUAUAUUUUUUUAAAUAAAAUAAAAAUAGUGAAUAUGAUGCCUCCAACCAAGAAAAAUGGUAGAAAGCGAGUUAAAAAAACAAACGUAAAACGUUGCUAUUGCGAGGGACACUGUCCCGACAAUCAGUAUAACGGUACUUGCGAAAUUCGAACUGGUGGAGUAUGUUUUACAUCCGUCGAAGCCGUUUACGAUGACAUUCAAGAUAAAGACGUUCCCCUAUAUACAUACGGGUGUCUUCCCGACGACGAACGGGGGCUGAUGCAGUGUAAAGGUCAUUUGGUGCCGCACGAGCAAAGCAAAUCGAUCCAGUGUUGCAACGACAAGGAUCUUUGUAAUCUUUCGUUAAGACCAACUUAUCCGGAAAGACCGACUACCGAAACCCCUGGAUUCGGUCCUGCUGACAGUUUACCCUUUACAGUUCUACUCACAACUGUCACUUUUUGUCUAACUCUAGUCCUACUCGUUGUUGCCAUUGUGUUCAUAAAGAAUAGGAGGAAGGAGAUGCAGAGGAAGUUCGGGUUGUACGGAAAAGGGUAUUCCGAUGAAAAAUAUCCACAAAUGGAGGUACACGGUCCCUUGGUGAGUUUAAUCGAACAAUCCAGCGGUUCAGGUUCCGGCCUCCCCAUAUUAGUACAAAGAACCAUUUCCAAACAAAUCCAAAUGGUCCAUUCGGUAGGUAAAGGUCGAUAUGGAGAAGUCUGGUUAGCGAAAUGGAGAGGAACCAAAGUAGCCGUCAAAGUAUUCUUCACCACAGAAGAACAAAGUUGGUUCAGGGAAACCGAAAUCUACCAAACUGUACUGAUGAGACAUGAAAAUCUACUCGGAUUCAUAGCGGCGGAUAUAAAAGGAACGGGUAGUUGGACUCAAAUGCUACUGAUAACGGAUUACCACGAAUUCGGGAGCCUGUACGAUUAUUUACAAGACCAUUGUUUGGAUCCCACCAGUCUUCUAUUGAUGGCGCAGAGUAUAGCUUCCGGUCUAUCCCAUCUCCACAUCGAGAUAUUCGGCACGAAGGGCAAACCCGCGAUAGCUCAUCGGGAUAUUAAGAGCAAAAACAUCCUGGUGAAGAGGAACGGCGAAUGUUGCAUAGCAGAUUUCGGAUUGGCCGUCAAAUAUCUGUCGGACACUAAAGUGAGUGAUCAAAAAAUUAUAUUCGACGCACCCUGUACGAUUAUUUUUCAGGAAAUCGACGUUCCCCCCAACGUCAGAUCGGGAACUAGGAGAUACAUGGCGCCGGAGCUGCUGGAUAAAUCGAUGAACGUUCAUAAUUUCGAAGCGCACAAAAUGGCCGAUAUGUACGCUUUCGCUUUGGUCAUGUGGGAGAUGAGCAGGAGAUGCGUCACCGGGGAUAAACUAAAAGUGGCGGACGAAUAUGCCGUCCCUUAUUACGAUUGCGUUCCUUCGGAUCCGUCUUUCGAAGACAUGCAGCAAGUGGUUUGCGCAAAGAAGAUCAGACCCCAGAUACCUUUGAGGUGGGAUAGCGAAGAGGUGCUACAGUGUUUAUCGAAAGUGAUGCAAGAAUGUUGGCAUACUAAUCCUGAUGUACGGUUAACAGCUUUGAGGGUGAAAAAGACUUUAUCCAAAUUGGAUACCGAUACGACAAUUAAAAUUGUGUAGUUUUUAUUUGGGUUGUUAGUAAUUGAGUGUUGAGCGUUAUUCCGAUGGAUUUGGGGUGAUUCGACGUGAAAUUAUCGAAGAAUUUUGGAUAUCGAAGGUACGGUACAUUUGAACUACUUUUUACAAUUUUCUUGUUUGAAAGCUAAAGUUUCACCAAAAUCAGUAAAUUAUUUUCCUAAAUCAUUUAUUCGUAUAAGUUACGAGUUUGUAUUCGACAUUUCGAAAUUAUUUCAAAAUAUACAGGGUCUUUUCGCUAUAUUGAUAAGUUAUAUUUUUUUAUUAUUAUUUUUUAAAUAAAACUUACAGUUUAAUACAUCAAAAUUGAAAUUUGAAAUCUUCUUAAUAACGAUGAGAAAAUUGUAAUAUGUUAUACUGCGUGUUUAUAAAGUUUUAAUCAAUUGUGGACGAAAAUUGUUGAACGCCCGGUAUAAUUGAAAAAGAAGAAUUUAGUGCGGUCAUAUCUUUCCAUUGAAUAUCUAAAUUCAUUUAAAAUUUCGGUAACCUCAAUUUUUGUUAAAUCUUAUACAGGAUGAGGCAAAAUACAAAACUACAUUUCAAUAAAACUUCAAAAUCGCAUUUUUUUCAAUAGAACCUUCUGUAAUUCAUUUAAAAUUUGUUUAACUCCUUCUAAUAUGUGUUUUAACGAUAUAAAACUUCAAUAUAUUAUACAGGGUGGUUGAAAAGUUAUCAAAGUUGAAUUGUGACAAGUUUAACACCCCGUAUAAUUAGAAUAGUGUAAAAAACUUGAUAUUUUGUGACCAUAUCUUUUCAAUGAUUGUCUAAAUCCAAUAAAAAUUUCGAUUUCUUCAAUUUUAGUUAAAUCUAUACAGGGUGAGUUGGAAAUACAAUAGUUUUUCACUAUUUUUCGAAUUACCAUGUAUUAAAACUAACUAAUACGAACAAAAUCGAUCAUUUUUAUGAUAAUUAGAAAACACGACCAUAAUAUUUGAUCAAUUUACUACACCAAUUCAAUUAAACUGAGUAUUGAACUUAUUAUGAAUCAAAAGGACAUAACUUUUUAAAUACCCAGUAUACAAUUUUACUUAAUAUAUAUUAUUAUUUUAUAGUUGUAAUAAAAAAUUGAAGGAAAUUUUGAAUUUGAUAUAAAACACCAAUAUCAAAAUAAAAAUAACUUCGAAAUGACAAAAAAAUAUGUCAGACCCUGUAUAUAAUAAUUUUUUAUAUAUGUUAAACCUAAUUUCACAAAAUUUGAUGAUACUGUAAAUUCAAAUAAAAUUGUAACUGUUAAUAGGAGUAGUUCAAAUGUACCAAUACACCUUGUUAUAAGGAUACAGUAUAACUAACGGCAUCUAUAAAGCCCUAGGGAUUAAAUAAUGUUUAAUUUUUUUUGGAAAUUUCGUUUCCACUUCAUUUUCAGAUUGGAGAUCUAUAAUCUCCGUUUAAGGUUGAUUCGUGUAUCCGCCAUUUCAUUGAAAGCUUUAAAACGGUACAAACCGGAUGCGCGGAUCGGUCAUUUUGUAAAUAACUAAUUAUUAAGUUGUAAAUAUUGUUUAUUAGUUAAAAUUUAACUAUUACAUUAUAUAUAUGUUGUAUGUAAAGUUGAAAAGUACCUAUAUAUAUAUAUAUAUAUAUAUAUAUAUAUAUAUAUAUAUAUUCACCUUUCACCAAGGAGUCCAGUUGACAACCGGUAACUCGAAAAUAUUCAAAAGAAUAGUUUCAAAUGAACUACUUUACAUGUAUGUAAUGUUCGAAUGUGAUUAUCGAUGAUAGGGGGUGGCAAAAAUAAUUUUUCUCCCUAUUUUUUUAUAUUCGAUAUAUAUAGUGUGGUGAUAAAAUAACAAUGUUAUUGGUUGAUAUUUUAAAGUAUUUUUCUUUGUUGUAAUAAUAUAAGACAUCUUCUUUUUUUUAGGACUUUUCAAAAUACAAAUUCAUAUUGUUUUUUAAAUUGGAUUACGAAGAUUAAUUCAAAUGUACCUGCAUGGAUUUUUUUCAAUAAUGCUGUGAUUUUCGCGUUGGAAUAGAUAAACAAUAGUUCGAAUGUUUCAAAUAUCGUAUUUUUCAUUUAUAUUUGUCUCAUUUUUCAAAAAUAAUCGAAAUUUGGUGUAAAAUGAAAUCGCAGCAGUCGUAUGAUAUUUCUAAUCUAAUAGUCGUCCUGUCAUCUUUGACAACAAAGUAGUUCAAAUGUACCAACCCAGAUUUUUAUCAAUAACGCUGCUGGAAGUGUUAUUUUCUCGUUUAAAUAGUUAAAAAGUAGUUCAAAUUUAUCGAAUAUCGUAAGUUUGGCCCAUUCUUCAAAAAUAAUUCGAAGUUUUGUAUAAAAUGAAAUAAAGGCAGUUGUAGGAUACUUGACUCUUCCAAUAGUCGUUCUAUCGUUUUGACGACAAAGUAGUUCAAAUGUCCCCAUUUUUUCAAAUAAUCCCGUAUUUUGACAUCAACUAAAAGAAUAUACUAUCAAAUUGAAUACAGGGUGGUGGAAAAAAGACACUUCACAAUUUUAUCAGUUUCUGGAGGGAAUUAUAUCUUCCAAAUGCCUAUUGGGCAUAAUAACCUAUUUUUUAUGUACAGUGUGUUUUAAGACAUAUUCUUGAACGUUUUAUUCUUAUUUUUGGUAAUUUAAUGGUUUCUUUUUGGUGUGAAGAAGCCUUGUACAUCUUAUUUUUUUCAAGUACAAUCAUAAUUCUCCAAUCCGGUUUAUAAAGAGUAGUUCAAAUGGAUAAACAGUAGCUCAAACGUAUCAAAUAACAAAUUAUUCAAAUCAAUUCGACCAACUUUUCGGAAAUACUCGAGAAAUUUGGUUAAAAAUUGACUUUGGGGACAGUUAUUUUAUGAUCACACGUCGUUUAUAUUAAAAAUAGAUAGAGUAUGCAGUAUAAUCGUUUAGUUUAGUUUUAAGCUUAAAUAUGUACAAAGUAACUGUUAAGUAUUUAUUCAUAGUUGCCAUAUUGGAAACCUAGCAUGUUAGUAUUAAGUAAAUGUGCCAUGUGUCAAUGUUUUCGAGUUACCGUGCUGGUGUUGUACGUCUACGACAAUCGUAAACUUUCCGAUUUUUUCUUUCUCGUCUACACUCGUUAUGAAAAAAUGAUAAAAAAAGCACCUUGCCCAUGUUUGUAAAAAGAACUGCUCAAGUACCAAGUGCAAUUCGAUCCCCAUGGGUUACUAUGGUGACCAAACUGGUUUUGUAUACAAAAAAAAAUGUUUAUUCAUCCCGAAAAUAUUUUUUUUUAAAGUAAUUUUCAUCAUUUCAGCAUGUGAUAAGACCAAAAUCUAAUUAUUUCCUAUUUUUGAUUACCAAUGUAUCUAUACCUAUAUAACUAUUGUUAAAUCAAUAAACAGUAGUUCAAAUGCACCCUUUGGGAUUUCUGUUGUUUUAGAUGCAUCUGGUAUGAAAUAAAUGUGUAGAAUGUAGUUCAAAUGUAUGGGCCAAAAUUUUUAUCGAUAAUUUAUUUUCAGAAAAAAUCUAGUAAGCAAAGUAUUUCAAAUGAUUCCACAUUCUGAAUGAGUUUACAAAACGGAAGAACAAUUUAUUCAAAAUUAUACUUAAUUUUUCCUAAAAAGUGAAAAUAGAAAAACGAAAUAGUUCAAUUGUAUAGUUUCCGUGGGCUGAUUUUCUCGUUGAAUGUGGUCCAAAACAAAAUUUUAAAUUUAUCAAUCUGUAUUUUCUAUAGACUUGUUGUUUUUCACUUUUCGGUAGAACAAAGUAGUUCAAAUGUAUCCAUUUGAGUUUUUAUCGAUUCUAUAGACUGCUCCUCAAGUCAAAUGGGCAAAAAGUAGUUCAAAUUAUAGAAAAUUUCUGAGAUCUGAUCUUAAUAUUACAUCAUCGACAUUCUUUUAUAAAAUUUUUCAGUAACAAAAUAGUUCAAAUAUACCUGUACAUAUUUUUACCGAAAUCGCUGUUGUGUUCUUCUUGCUUUAACUGACUGGAAAGUAGUCCGAAUGUACAAAACAAAUCAUAAAUCGACGAAGCUCUACUUCCGAAAGACAAUAAAGUAGUUCAUAUGUACUGAUGCCGGUUUCUUCUACUAACGCUGUUGAAUGUGUAAUUCUGGCGUCGAAUAGGUAAAAAGUAGUUCAAAAGUAUUAGCUAACUUGUCUAUCAAUUCAGUUUGACGAAUUUUUUAAUUCUAUGUUGGGAUUCAACAUAGAAUCGAAAUUUUUGUACUACAUUUCACACAAUCUACAUCGAUUAUUGACAGCAAAGUAGUUUAAAUGUUUUUUUGAUUUCAUUUCCAUUAAAAACUUGACACGUUUUCCAAAACAAAAUCAUUAUUUUGAAUGAUACAAGUAGUUCAAAUGUACCCAGAUGUGGUACUCUUUUCAAACAAAAAGUAGUUCCAAGUGUCCCUUUUUUGGUUUUCCAGUCUUUGUUACUCAAUAAAGUAUUUAGUUUGCAUGAUAAACAUUUUUUUUUAAUACAAAAAUUCUGUGUCAUAUUUUGUUCUAUUUUUGUUGUAAUGUUGGUAGUUAUACAUUUUUUUCGUAUAUUUCAAGUAGGCCGUGUGACUGUCCCGAAUGUGCAUUUAUAUUUUUAUUUGUAAAUAAAUUAUUUGUUAUAAUGUUAAAUAGAAGAAUGUAUUUUUAUUAUUACGUAUGUGCAGUAAAUUUAUUAUUAUUAUUGCAAGACUGAUAUUUUGAAUGUUGCGAGUUUUUUGUGUAAAAAAUAAAAAUUAUACUUCGAAAAA